AAAAAAACAUAUGAUUCGAAACGUCUCAUAAAAUGGCUUUAUAAACGAACUGGUGCUUGUCAAACAUCAGAUUGUUUUGCUUUUCUUUCUCCCCGCACUCUUUCACUUAUUUCCAACAACAUAAAUUCAAAAAUCUUUUCAGUUUUUAUAAAAAAUGCUUGCUUUACAACCCGGUACGGCGACAGCCGGCAUUCCAGAUAAGUUAUGGCAGCCACAUUUUGUCACAUUUGAAACAACCAUGGGCGAAAUAUCCAUUGAACUGUACUGGAAACAUGCACCCAAUACCUGCCGAAACUUUGCUGAGCUAGCCCGCCGGGGAUAUUACAAUGGAACGAUAUUCCACCGCAUCAUCCGGGACUUUAUGAUUCAGGGAGGUGAUCCAACUGGUACCGGGCGCGGGGGACAAUCGAUCUAUGGGCCAACGUUUGCUGACGAAAUCAACGCCGACCUGAAACAUAGCGGUGCCGGAGUGGUUUCGAUGGCCAAUUCGGGACCGGACACCAAUGGGUCGCAGUUUUUCAUUACCUUGGCGCCAACCCAGUGGCUCGAUGGGAAGCACACCAUUUUUGGGCGGAUCCAUACGGGUAUGCAAGCAAUCAAACGGAUAGGCCAGGUUGAAACGGACAAGAAUGACCGACCGGUAGAGCAGGUGAAAAUUCUGAAAGGGAAGGUUGAAAAGUAUUGAUUUGUUUAAUAUAUGAGGGCACUUCCAA